UGACGUAUCUGUAUGUCACGCAGACGUUCAAUACUCACAUUAGCGAGCUUUAUCAUUGUUAGGAGAAGAAUAUGCAUAGCCGAAUAAGAUAGUCUCUUCUUCACAAAUGUGUUCACCUUAAACCAACGAGUAUCGUUACUUAUUCAUUUACAUUUUGGACGAAAAUGACCGAUUUGGCAGAUUCCCUGGUCAAAGAGGGCUGGUACCUCACUGAUGAAGGAAUAACAGAACUGAAGGGAUCUGCAGAGAAAGUAACACAUAAUGACAUCAUUCGCAUUGCACUUGAUAGUGAUCUCAGACCUAUUGGGAAGAAAUAUCUACCGCCUGAUAUCAACAGUGGAAGAACUGAGAAGUUGGAAGGACCAUGUGUUCUCCAGGUGCAGAAGGUGAGGAACAUCUCAGCGCCCAAAGACCACGAAGAGUCCCAGGGUGCGCCGAGAAUGCUGCGACUACAAAUGACAGAUGGACAUACCACCUGUGUUGGAUUAGAGUUUAAACACCUGUCCAAGAUCAGUCUUAAUACCCCCCCUGGAACAAAGGUAAAGCUCCUUGGUACAGUCCAGGUUAAAAAUGGUCUUUUGCUGCUUGAUGACUCAAAAAUCUCAGUCCUUGGAGGCGAGGUUGAUCACAUGGUGGAGAAAUGGGAGUUACAAAGGAGUCUUGCCAAACACAGCAGGAGCAACAUUGGAGCAGAAGGCGGACCUCCUCCCUUUGUGCCUUUUGGUCAGAAGUGUGCAAGGAGGGAUGAAGUAGACAGCAGAGAACUAGACCAGAGGAAGACCCUGCAGACUCACAAUGUGAUCAGAAGUACUGACGAGAAUGAUGAGUUUGAGAAGCAGAGGACUGCAGCUAUUGCUGAGGUGGCUAAGACCAAAGAGGGUCCCCGCACGUUUGGUGGUGGAGGAAAUGCAGGGAGUAAUUUAUCCAGCACCGCUUCCUCCUCUCGGAGCCGAGACUCAUACCAGCAGAGGAGACGAGAAGACAGGGUGGAAAGAACAGAAAGCAGACAAGAUGGAAACUAUCGCGAGCUGGUGGAUGAGCGUGCUCUGAGAGAUAUCAUGGAGAUGGGCUUUAACAGAGAGGCCGCCCGGCAGGCUCUAAUGGAUAACAACAACAACCUUGAAGUGGCACUAAACAGCCUGCUGACAGGAUCUUCUGGUAGCAGACCUGGUCCUGGAGUAGCUGAGUUCAACAAGCCCCCACCCAGAGCCAGAGGACGGGGAAGAGGCAGGUCCAGAAAUGAUGAAGAGGAAGAAGGAGGAGGAGGGAGGCCAUCUGGACCGAGCACUCUGUUUGACUUUCUGGAAUCCAAGAUGGGAGUUUUCUCCAUUGAUGAGCCAAAGAGCCAGGGAACUCAGAGACAUAAUGAGAGUAAAGCGAACUUCUCCAACUCAGAGUAUUACUCCAAAGACACAUCUCAUACAAAGUACUCAUCUCAUAAUGAGCAUAGGCAACAAAGGAACGACAGACCUCCUCGCUUCCACAGGGACACUGAUUUCCCCAAACCUGGUCAGGAGCCUCCAUCCAGCUGUACAACCUCCCAAACAUCAGCUCAAGGCCAGCAUUGGAAGGGCCAGGAGAGAUGGUCAAGAGGUGCACAAGACAGAUCACAAACUGACAGAAGAGACUUGCGUGAUGAGCAGAAUUUUCCCUCAUCAUUCCCGACUACUUUCACCCGUUCUAAAGAACCUCAGCAACAGAUGGAGUUAAGUGGAUCUUACCACCAACGAUCCAGAAAUGGAGACGGAGGUGGUGGGGGUAACAUGUCUGGACAGUCUCAAAGGAGAGGGGCAAAAGAUAACGCUCCCACAUCUAAGUUUAGUAAUUCUGCAGUCAGUGAACUGGAUGGAAGAGGAAAUAAACGCCCAGACAGGAAUGACGAACCCAGCAACAGCAGGAGGAUGGGGAAAAGUGAGCGGCCAAACUCAGGCCACUUUGACCGACAAAAGGAUGGUGGACCGCAAAACUUUAAUUUUAGAGGAGGAAGCACAGGGACAUCCCACGAAGUAGGGCCAUCACAGGACUCUCGAAUAAUGACAGGAGAGGCGACUCUUUUCCAAAACGGAGAUGUGGAACACAAAAGAACUGGGCCAAUCAAGCCAGCAAAUUCAUCAUUUCCCCCCAACAGGGAGCAGCCCCCCAAGAGGAACACCUCUAAUAACCAAGGGUCUAAACGGCGGUCAGGACAGGGCAGAGGUCAAGGUCCUCGAGGAUCAGACAAGGGUCAUUUUGUGGAACAUAGUUGGAAACCUGGAGAUGAGUGUCUGGCACUGUACUGGGAAGACAGUAAGUUCUACCAUGCCAGAAUAGACGCUGUGCAUCCUUCAGGCUCCACGGCUGUGGUUGUAUUCAGCGAUUAUGGAAACUGUGAAGAAGUGCUGCUACAUAACAUUAAGCCUGUUCCUGCUGAUGUUUUGGAGGAAGAUGACGGUUAUUACGACAGUUCACUUGAGUUUCGACGUGGAGGAGAUGGACAGCCAAGGCGCACAAGACCCACACAGCAGUAUUACCAGCCACCCAGGGCACGGGAUUGACGUGUCUGUGUUUACAGUCACUGUGCUUGUCCCUCCUCCUCCACGUCCUCAUCUCAAGACAGAGAUAUCGUCACUUUCUGCAAAAAUCCAGAGUGCUUCCUGUAUUUCUGCAUGUCCACUUUGUCAGGACAUAAUAGACUUUUCAAAGGGCUUGGACAUGAUGCAAAAAUAAAAGAAAAAAACUGACAUGAGCACCUGUGGAUUUUGGUAAAACAUAUCUACUGUAUAUGUUGUGAAGAUUUGUUAAAUGGAUGCUUAAA